AUGGCCGAACACGAGAUCCAAGACAACCAACCUUUGCGGGCAGUAGCCCGUUUGCCGAAAUUCGACGGCUCCAACCACCGAGAGUGGAACUUCGAAAUCGACCUAGUCUUUCAACAUCAUGAAUUAAAAGACCUAGUCUCGGGAACCGAACUACGUCCAGAAGAGGAACGAAACGAAGCUGGUGAACUGCUAAAUGAUGCAGCCAUAAGACUUUGGACAAGGAAGAACAUAACGGCCCUUAACUUCAUCUUUGCCUCAAUAACAAAGAAAAUGAAGGAGAAUUUGUACACCCCAGGUCUUAAUGCAGCACAAAUAUGGACAAAGUUGAACCUGCAGUACCAACUUCAAACUGAAGAACAGUUGCAUCUUCUAUGGCAACAAUACUAUGAUUUCAAACAUACAGCUGGCCCUAGCCACACUUCCAGAAUCCUUCCGGGUUGUCAGAUCCGUUUGGACCAGUGUUCCAGCAGCUGA